AUGCAAUGGAAUUCGAAGGUUACCGAUUUUAACCUCAAUGGAGUUAGUGAAGCUAAUGGUGACUCCGGAAGCGGUACCAACCUUCAGUCUUUACAGUCAUCGCAAUCCGUUGCCUCGGCAGCAGCUGCAAUGGCCUCUAUGCAGCCGUCAAUGAUUUCUAUGACGUCUUUCCAUACUCAAAACUCUUCGAAGGUUCAGAGACCACAGAAGUUUGCCUGUACUUACCCCAAUUGUGAUAAGACAUUCUCACGGAGGAUGAAUUUGAAGUCGCACAUUCAAUCCAGUCAUGAACAUAAAAAGCCUUUUCAAUGCUCAGUAUGUUUGAAGACAUUUGCACGCCAUAGUGAUCGUAGAAGACAUGAAAAUAAUCAGCAUAAGACUGCAUCAGGGUUUGUGUGUGGUGGAUUACUGAAAAACGGGCAGAGAUGGGGUUGUGGUAAAGUGUUUAAGAGAAAAGACGGGCUAAUUGCUCAUUGGAGGUCUCAAAAGGCCCGCAAGAAAUGUCUGAAGAACCUGCCUACAGAUGAUGCAUCCAUGUUGGGACUUAUGCAGGAUUCUGGUAAACCACUGGAGUUUUCGUAA